CUAUGUGUAAAACGUUUUUUUCCUGUUUUUCAGGUGGGGCCGGCAGGAUGAGGGAAGGGCCUGCAGUCAGGCCUUCGGCUGCUAUUACACCUGUGCAGCAGAUGCUGGCGUCUGGCACUGGGGCUGUACUAACAUCUCUUUUUGUCACACCACUGGAUGUAGUGAAGAUCAGACUUCAAGCCCAGCAAGUUCCCCUCUAUAAAGCCCUAGCAUCAGAAUCAAGACCCUGGGCUGGGGUCAUCCGCCCUUCAAAAUGGAAAUGCUUCCUCUAUUGUAACGGGCUGAUGGACCACGUCUAUGUGUGUCAGAAUAUGUCAAGCUGCUGCAGCUGGUACAAAACCCCUACCCACUUCAGCGGGACCGUGGAUGCAUUUGUAAAGAUUACUCGUAAUGAGGGGCUCAGGUCUUUGUGGAGCGGACUUCCUCCCACACUGGUGAUGGCUGUUCCUGCCACAGUCAUCUAUUUCACCUGUUAUGACCAGCUGCGAGACUUCCUGCGUUACAGCAUGGGCUAUCAGGGGGACCAUAUCCCCCUCAUAGCAGGAGGGUUAGCAAGAUUGGGAGCGGUGUCUGUGAUCAGCCCUCUGGAGUUAGUUCGGACUAAGAUGCAAUCCCGCAAGCUACCGUACAGCGAGCUGAUGGUGUGUAUCCGCUCGGCUGUGGCUCAGGAUGGCUGGUUAUCUCUCUGGAGAGGCUGGGGACCCACUGUUCUACGGGACGUGCCCUUUUCCGCCCUGUACUGGUUUAACUAUGAGCUAGUGAAGGCACAGCUGUGUGAGCGGUACAGGGCACCACAGACCUCAUUCACCAUCAGUUUUACAGCAGGGGCCGUCUCAGGAGCAAUCGCUGCAAUUCUGACCCUGCCGUUUGAUGUGGUGAAAACACGCAAGCAAAUCCAAUUAGGAGAAAUGGAGGCUCUUGGAGUAGUCUCUGUGAAGAAACCGUCCACCACAUGGAACAUGAUGAGGAACAUCUGGAUCGACAUGGGAUACAGGGGUUUGUUUGCAGGUUUUCUUCCAAGAGUGAUCAAAGUUGCUCCCGCCUGUGCUGUCAUGAUCAGCACUUAUGAGUUCGGGAAGACUUUCUUUCAGGAGCGUAAUCUGAAUCAGCCGAGAUGUGGACUUUGAGAUGAGCAGGAGGACCAGAGGUUUGUCCAGGAUGAUGAGGAAGCUGAGAGACUCCUCCUUGCCAACUACUGCAAACACAGAUGACUUCAGCCAAGCUUUGAGUUAGUUCUCUGAAAAGAAACUCUAAUUGUUGGGUGAUGUGCCUACUGACUGGCACAAGGAAUAAAAGCUGUGAGACGUAAACCACUACUUUGCAUCCGAGAUGAAAAACUUGCGUUAUGAUGCAUCAAUAAAUGCACAGUUUCCCCACAAACCCUGUGAUGCCUUAAUGAACAGUACCAAAGCAUGCUGGCAGAAACACUACCUCCCCAUAAUGCCCCACUUAUUGAAAUGGCUGCUGGUUGAACGUGACAUCCAGGUUGUUGUAUCUGCAGUGCAUGACUUGAGUCCCUUUUAUUAAAGAUACAGUGCUGCCCUCUGCUGUUCAUGCUGAAGAAACCUCAGACCGAAUGGAUAAACGGCUCAAAACUGAGCUUUACGGUCUUCAUUUUCAGCAAGUAAUUAAAAAAUGAGUAUUGUUUUA